UACCGGACAAGCGUCCUGUGCGCAUCGCUGUGAACGGAUCUGAAGAACGAAGAGGAGCAAUGAGCGGUGCACCUGGAUGGGCCUGGAGGGCGGUUGGCGUGUUAGCGUUGGCCUGUCUCGUGACGGUGGUACAAACGCAAAUUCCUGGCUUUGGCACGUGUCCCGAUUACUCGCCGAUUCUGCGCUUCAAUCGUACGCGCUUCCUGGGCACUUGGUAUGAGAUCGAGCGGUACUUUACGGUGACGGAGGUCGCCACCAAGUGCGUUUCGGUGACGUACGAGCAGCGAGCAGAUGGAAAGAUUUACGUACGCAAUGCGUACACCAAUCGAUUCAAUGGCGUUGAGCGAAUCAUCUCCGGUGUCAUGGACAAAGGUGGCAAGUCGAAGGAAGGACGCUACCAGAUCGAGUACACCUCGUUCCCGUACAACUACAACGCGACGGUGAUGGUGCUGGACACGGAUUACGAUUCCUUUGCGGUGCUUUACUCCUGUAGCUCAUUUGGACCUGUUGGACAUGCUGUGUCUGCUUGGAUGAUGGCCCGAGAACGACUGCCCGCUGGACCAGUACUGCAGCGUGCCUACGGCGUGCUGGACAAGUACAAGAUAUCACGUACGUUCUUCAUCCGUACGCAGCAGGAGGAUUGUGUGACACUGCCACCACCGGAACCGGCCAUUGAUCCCACUGAACCGAGUACUCAAGCUGCACGCAAUGAAGGAGUCAUCGUACAAAGUGAGGAAGAUCUUCAGCAAUUACGGAGUGACAUCUUUGCCGUAGGGCCUAAGCCUCCCGUCCCAGUUGAUCCCGUUCUAGAGGAUCAUUGAGAGCAGAUUGACACAAUGUACGAUCAUCUCGAAAUAUUUAUUUACAAACUUAUAACUUAUAGCCUUCAUUAUAAAGCUAGUUAAUAAACAGAAAUGAUACACUUUCUCCAAUAUUUCUAA